GGCGAGACCACUUUCAGAUCACAGCAGCAUCUGCCUACAAAGCUAAAGUUAUGGUAUCAGUCAAAGUCACAGUGGUUGCUGUGACACUUAUUACUCUUUGUGUCCUGGCUACAAACAAGCAUGCAGCUUACGUUGGUUGCUGUCGAAGACACAUAAAGGGCAAAAUUCGAUUUGAGGAAAUCAAGGGCUUCUCUGUGCAGAAUAACACAGAAGUCUGUCCCAUCAGUGCCAUCAUUUUUCACACAAAGAGAGGCAAAGUAUGUGCCAACCCUGCUCUGGAAUGGGCGAUGGACUACGUCAGCCGGAUAGAAUAUCAGGCACAAAAAGUUCACCAGAGGGCGCAAAUGAAGAAACAAGGGUCCUAGAGGAAGAAGCUAUGGAGGACUCAGAGGCCAGCUGCAAACAUGUUGAAGAUCUGUACAAAUAAAAAAGGCUUUGCUGUUCAUAGAGUAGAAAACACCAGCUUAAUAAGCAAUACUGACAGCCUGAUGCUGCAAAGCAAUGCAUAUAUUGGCUCAGUUGUAAGAGCACUGAAUGUAUUUUGUUCUUUAUAUUGAUAAAUAUUUUCUUUUUGUACUAAUUUUAUACAAAAUA